AUGGUAAUCCUCCUUGGCAUAUCCGUGUUCGUCUUACUCUUCGCUGGCUGUGCAUCAAUCGAUCAUAGCAAGGUGAAAGUAUCUGUUUACUACGAGACGUACUGUCCAGCGUCGAUCGGUUUCAUUGUGGGAGAACUCAAAUCUGUCAUGGAUGAAGGGUCAAUGACGAAGAACAUAGACUUGAGUCUGGUUCCUUUCGGGAAUGCUGCGUACGAUCCGAGAACCAAGAAGUACACCUGUCAGCAUGGUCCCCAAGAAUGCGAAAUAAAUCUCAUCCAAGGAUGCAUCAUCGAAAAAGGAGGCGGCGAUCAACUCCAAACUUUCAAUGCUGUCUAUCUGGAGGAAGAGGCUAUUCUCAAGCACAAUACCAGUGACUGGAUAAUUGAAU